GAGUAUGAGGCACUAGGUUUUAAAGAAAGCUAUUUUAGCAACAAUGGCCAAAUGUAUACCUAAGAAUCAGCCAUCAGUUGCACUGAAAAGUUAGAUGGCGUUGCUCUUAAUCAGUUAUAGAAGGUAAUAUAAAGUAGUAGAUGUGGUGUAGCUCUUCAUUUGCAAAGUGCUGUACUUGAUUUUGCAAAAGUAAAGUCCUGAAAGAGGAUCACAAUUAGAUCUGCUUGUGACACAAAGACUUCCAUAUUAAUGUUCAACUUGUUGGAAAACAAAUCCUUUACUUAAUGAUUUUCUUUAAUUACAUAAGACUUGUGAGGGUGUUUGCUCUCUGACUGUACAGUCCAAUGUGAACAUUGGUUGCAAAUCAUUGCUUUUUUUCAAUUUAAAUUUCAGGGAAACAACAAGUGACUUCAAAUGACAACAGUAUAAUCCAACUGUUUAUUAAAUAUAUAAUGUCUUCUUUUUUUUUAAGCAAUGUCUUUGAAUUUCCAGUUGCUUACUUUAUUGUUGCCCCUCUCCCUCCAGUAAUGGGAGAAAAUUAACAUUUCUCUAAUAACUAUGGUGCUCAUAGUUAUUAGAGUUCACACAAAUUUCACUAUCUCUUGCAUCUCCUAAAAAUAGACCAGCCCAAAGCUGCUUAAGUUUAAAGCCUCCAGGCUUCAGGUUGCCUUCUUUGACAGACAUCUACAAACGUGCGUGCAAAGUCACUUAGCUGCUGAUAAAUCCCUGAGAACACAGCUACUGCUAAAGCUGACCCAGCCGUGGUCCAGGCGAUGCAGGGUAAUUGUAAUGCUGAUACCUCUGGUGCUCAGUUAUGGAAUGAUUCUACAGAUGAGUGAAAAAAGUCUGUCAGCUCUGUAGCUGCCUGCUGGCAUCCAACAGAAGACAUCCAACAUGGUUGAUCUGACGGGAUGGAACAACCUGGUGGCUAACACGGCUUACCUGAAGGCUCAGCAGAUCGAUCGCAAUGACCUGAGAAAGCAGUGGCUCAACUUGUCACUCCCGAAACCCAGAAGCUCCUCUACUCUGCUUGCAUUUGGAGGCAAGACAUACGAGUCACUGUGUGAGCAGCAGCCUAUUGGACGAAAGUUGUUCCAGCAGUUUCUCCUCUCUUCUAAACCUCAAUAUGUGGCUGCUGCCCAGUUACUGCAGGAGCUGCAUGACUGGAGUUUUUCAGAAGAGAAAAGCGAAAAAGAGAAGAUCAAACAGAACAUCCUCAUCAAGUAUCGUCAACCUCAAUUCAGGAGCAUUCUGUCUUGCCCUGCAGAAGAAAAUGCUGAAAGAUGCAACAGUUUAUCCUGCAGUCACGUCAACGAGAUGACAGUGGACCAAACAAGAGAAGUCAUCAAAGUUUUCCUAAAGGCAAACCCUUUCCAUGAGUACAUGAGGAGCCCGUUCUUUUAUAAAUUCUUGCAAUGGAAGGAGUAUGAAACACAGAAGAUCAGUGACAAAUACUUUUACGAGUUCAGGACUUUGGGCAAAGGUGGUUUUGGCGAGGUGUGUGCGGUGCAGGUCAAACACACGGGUCAAAUGUAUGCCUGCAAGAAGCUGGAGAAGAAGCGCCUGAAGAAGAAAGGCGGCGAGAGGAUGGCCCUCCUGGAGAAGAAGAUUCUGGAGAAGGUCAACAGCCUCUUCAUUGUGAACCUGGCUUACGCUUACUCCAACAGGACCCACCUGUGCCUGGUCAUGGACCUCAUGAAUGGAGGAGACCUCAGAUUUCACAUCUAUGAGCUGGGCGAGCGGGGUAUCAGUAUGGAGCGUAUGGUUUAUUACGCGGCCCAGAUCACAGUUGGGAUCCUUCACCUUCAUUCCAUGGAUAUAGUAUAUCGGGAUAUGAAGCCAGAGAAUGUGCUGCUGGAUGCCAAGGGACAGUGUCGGCUGUCAGACCUGGGCUUGGCCAUAGAGCUGCCCAAGGGCAAAAUGAUCUGCCAGAAGGCUGGUACCACUGGCUACAUGGCCCCGGAGGUCCUUAGGCAGGAGAAUUAUCAUAAAUCUGUGGACUGGUGGUCUCUGGGCUGCAGCAUCUAUGAGAUGGUCGCCGCUCGACUGCCGUAUAAAGACUUCAGAGAGAAAGUGCAUAAAGAGGAGGUGACUCGACGUACACUGGAGGACGAGUGCAGGUUUCAGCAAAAACUCUUUGACGCUCACACAAAAUGCAUUAUCAGUCAGUUCCUGAUGAAGAAGGUGGAGCACCGUCUUGGCUGUUGUGGUCCUGACCCAAGGAGCCACGUGUUCUUUAAGAGCAUCAACUUCGAUCGACUGGAGGCCGGGCUGAUCGGGCCACCCUGGGUGCCAAAGUCCAAUGUGGUCUACACCAAGGAUGUGGACAACUUCGAAGCCAGCUCCGAAGUCCCGGACAACAAGCCGGAUGAAAAGGAUGAGAAAUUUUUCCGAGAGUUCAGCACCGGUGCUGUUUCCAUCCAGUGGCAGAAUGAGAUGAUUAACAGCGGCGUGUUUGACCAGCUUAAUGAUUCCAGCCUAAAAGAAGACCGUUUUCAAAGUGCAUGGAAAUCCAAAAUGUGCAUCAUACUGUAAUCAGCGUAUUAUCUUAUUAGUGAUGCACGGUGAUGCAGCCAACACAGUGCACAUUUCAACAUGCUGCCUUAACUUAGGAAACUGAAGCCUUUAAAUCUGUAUAAUACUCAACAAAGGAGAAUCCUCUUGAAGUAAAGUAUGG